GCCUGAGCGCAGGCGCGCGUCUGGGAGCGCGCAGGACCCGUCCCUACAGCAGCGCGCACACAGAGAGCCACAGAAGAUGGACGGAGUGGGAUCGUUCGGAGCGGGCCGGACCGGGUCCACUGUCGACCCGAUUACCUUCGCCAAGCAGCCGCAGACCAUCCUGAGAGCGCUGUCCUGGAUAUUUUCCCUGGUGGUCUUUGCCUCCAUCGUGAACGAGGGUUACGUUAACUUGGGCAGUGAGCGCCUCCACUGUGUCUUCAACAAGAAUGCAGAUGCGUGUAACUACGGUGUGUUUGUGGGCCUGGUGGGCCUGCUGGCCUGCUCCUUCUUCUUCCUGCUCGACUACAAGUUCGCCUCCAUCAGCUCUGUUAAAGACAGGAAGAAGGCUGUGAUGAUUGAGAUUGGAUUUUCAGGUUUCUGGGCCUUUCUGUACUUCGUCAGUUUCUGCUUCCUGGCCAGUCAGUGGUCUCGGACCGAAACUGCCGAUUUGCCGCUCAACCAGGGGGCGGAUGCAGCUCGAGCAGCAAUUGCCUUCUCUUUCUUCUCCAUAAUCACCUGGGCUGGUCUCACAGUGCGUGCGGUCCAGAAGUAUCUGCUCGGUACAGACAUGACCCUGUUCACCACCGAGCACAUGGAUGGCGGCGCCCCCACCCAGCCGUACCCCUCCAACUCACCAGGAGCCGGCACCACUGAGACCACAGAGAAAUACCAGAGCCCGCCUUUCACUGAGAACAACGCAGCACCAACAUACCAGGUUCCCAUUUACUGAGAGAGAUGGAGCUGCUGGUGGAAGAGAAAGGUGGAGAUACAGAAGAGAGAAAAUUGCUUUCUGUGAUGUGCAGUUGUUUAUGUGUUGAUCUGGGCUGAGUUUUCAGUAAUCGUUGAAAAAAAAAAAAGGCCUGUACUUCUUUUGUUUCCUCCUCUUGUUCCCUUUUUUUUUCUUCCUUAACAUUCCAGCUUUAUCUGCACUCUUCUAGACCUGUGUUUACUUUAGCAAAUCCAGUGUCUUGGCAUCAGAGGCAGAUAAAACAUAAGAAAAGCAAGAGGAGGAAAUGUAGAAGAGGAGGCCGCCUUGCAGUAUUCAAACACUAUUUUGACAAGAGAAAGAGACGAAGGGAUCAACAAGUGAGCGAUUCCCCGACAACAAAGCAGCAUAAGAUUAAUAAAAAAUAGUGCAGAAGGCACUCUCAUACAGCACCUCCUUCAUAUUAUUUUCAUUCAUGUAGGUGACAAAGCUGAAAUUCACGGCAGAGUGCGGAUUUUUAAUUUUCUAGCUGCAAUCCGGUCUGAUUGUUCCUCCCUUCGCUCCCUGCUGCAGUUAAAAGUGAUCAUUUGCAUUGAAUCUGCAUGUUUCCAAACUUAAGUGCCAUACAGUACUGUGUGUUUCAGACAGUGACUUAAUUUAGUAGAUUUCCACAUGCUGUAAAAAAACACACGCAAAAAAAAAUUCUGACAAUGUUUUGUGACCAAGUGCAAUAUCUCACAUUCUUAUAGGUAUAUACUGUACUGUAGAUAGGCUAGUUCUACCAGCAGAUUAGGUGACUUUUAGGCACUGUCUCAAAUUACAUACUAGUCUUUGAAUUGUACAAAUAAAUCUCAGGCAAAUUUCCAGGAUUAAAUUGUUAAUCGGACUUCUUUGCAAGUUUUGCAAGACAUGGAAGUUUUACGAGAUGAUCACACAGCUCCAGACAGAAACUCUCCUCCACAGAAAUUCAAUAUAAUCAGUAUGGUUGAAUAAGCUAAUCUUUUCAGUCAAUUUUGUGGGUCUUCCGUGAUGUCCAGAAUGGUGUUCAUUACUUUAAAGGAAAUCAUUGUCACAAUGCAAAAUAUACCUUCAGCACAAGAAUCUAUAUUUGGUUCAUUCAUGAAUACAGGUCAGUUUACACUUAAAAUUCACUGGGGGAACCUUAAUCCGCAGUGAAUCGCUUUUCAGGUAGGAAUGGAUUGUUAGACAGGCCUAACAGGUUGGGAAGUGAUUAAUAUUUCCUGAUCGAUAUUGGAUUUCUUGGGCCAAUACUAGGUUGUACCAAAUUCAGACAUCAAUUUAUCGUCCAAUAUUACUUAUGUACUACAUGUACAUAUAGUAUGUUACACGAAAAAUGGCAAAGUUUUAGGGUUAUUGUGCCUUAACUUUGCCGCAGCACUCCAUUUCACAAACGAGCCAGCAUCUCCAGCGCUGUCUGCUCAGCUGUGAUACGUUAUUUGCUACACGUGCUGCAGACAGUGCUGAGUGAUGCAAAGAAUGGAGUCAAAACUGCUCUGCUAGAAAAACAUUUCAAAAUUACUCAAAGCAUCUAUUUCUGUAUUAUGAUGUUAUAUCUGUGUAUAUUGGACAACCAAUCUAUCAGUUAGGCUCCAAUUCCUUGCUCAAAAGUCAAUUACCUGACUAUAAAAAGACAAAAUAAAAAAAGACAAAACCUCGAGGUCUUAGCAGGGCCUGUAACAUAACUGUUCAUAAUCCAUCCACGGUGCCAGGGAAUGUAUGCAGUGUGUUAUUUGAGACAGUGUCUGCUGUUGAGUGUUGCGUGUAUAAAACGAGACGAGCGGGGAUAUUUUGGAUAAAUUGGGUCUGUUAUAUGUUUACGUUUUAGAAGCUGCCAAACUGCCCUGUGUUCUUAUUACGGUGUUCCAAUUACCACGUUACCACUAUGUCGUUAAUUUUCAGGGGGGGCAACAGAUAAGCUUUUGUUAAGUGAGGGAGUUUGGGUGGAUUGAGGAUUCAAUUCAGUCUCAGGCAAAACAGAAAAAUCUGGUUGUGGGAUGCUAAGGAUUGCUAGCUGGCUAAUUAAUUGAUCCUGCAGUCCUGCCACUGAGGGAGAGGUUGGCAGGGUGGGGUGGGGAGUGGAGGUCAGAAUUAGUUGCCAUGGCGACAGGGACAGGGUUUGGCGGAUGUGGGUCACCGAGGGCCCUGAUGUAGAUAGUAACCAUGCCAACCAUGUCAGUGUGUAGCAGUAUCUCUGUGUUGUGGUUCACGUACACUUGGCAUCAGUGAAUCUGUUCUUUUGGUGAGUGUGCAAGCGAGUGCGUCCACGUGCAACGGCUGUACAUGUGCACAUGGGUUGACGUGCAUGGGAGAGGUGUAGGUCUGCGUGCCUGUGUGCAAAAGGUGUGUGUGUGUGUGUGUAGUUUUAGUUUUGUGCUGCAUAAAAGUUAUUUUCUUGAACAUGUAUAUGUUGAUGCGCAGGAGGAGGAAAACUGUUAUGUCAUUUAAUAAUUUACCCCCAAUAUAAAAAUAGUCUUUCAGCUAAAUGUAUUAUCAGUAUCACCGUUGAGAAAUCAGAAAGAAAAGUAUGAAUUUAGGAGAUAUUUGUUUGUCUGUUAUUAAUGAACAGAGCCAAAUAUAAAAAGUGAUAUAAUUGACCUGUUGAAUGCCUUGCCUACUCUUCUACUCUUCUAAUGGAUUUAAUCAGUUACCUCUGCAGACCAGAGAUCGUAGGACAAGCAGCAGGACAACUGAGGCUCUCAGAGAUUUUGAAAGUAAUCAUGAUAGCAAUGCAUGAAUUUGUUGUGUAGAAUUCAUUAUAUACUGAAUACUGUGUAAUUCUUAAGUUCACUCCAAGAUGUUUUGCAGAGAUUUGACGGCCAUCAGUGCAGCUGUGUUCUGUUAAUAACACUUCAUUGUCAGAAAUGGGAACAAACAGCUCUUUGUUUCCUCAGUGUUAUUUAACUCUCAUGAUCCUGGUGAUCACUCGUGUACAAGUGUGUGCGUAUCUCAAAGCUUCAGGAUAAAAUUGUUCCAGAGGUCGGAUUUUUCUGCACCAAGAACCUUUAACCAGUUGUGAAAACAAUAUGAAUCUGAUGAUUGAUUUCAAGGACUGGAGCUACAGAAUCGUAACGGACAGAAAAUUUUAACUUGUGUUCCGGUUCUAAGGAGGGUUUAAUGUGAAGAAGUGAAGUUAUCUACUUUCUAAAAUUAAAUCAAAACACAUCUAUUCACACAAAACAGUGAGUGUUUAAGUCAUUUCUGAUUUUGAUGAUUGGAUAUAUAAAACUGUUAUUCUGCAAGUGAAGGCAAAUAGAAAUGAAGCCCUGAAUAGAAUUUCUGUUUGUCCUUUGUUCCCGUGCUAAAAGAGACAGAACUAUUUCAAAGUAGUCUUAUAAAACAGAGCCAAGAAUACCAAUUUAUCUGUUUGCAUGGUUUAUUUUUUUAUUUACAUUUUAUUCACCAGACUCUGUCAGCGUGUGAUUUGUUGAGUAUUUGUUUAAAAUCGAGAUGAUGAUCCGGUCAUGGGAUUUUAUUCUGGGAGAGGGUGCAGCACUGUUGGGUGCUGAACUUACAGGGGAUGGGAUGAUACGGGUGGAGUACCAUUAAGCCUUUUUGUUGGAGUUAAAGGACAACGCAGUGUGUUUUGUCUGUCUUUUAGCUCAUCGGUUUCAAGUUGCGCACAGUGAAAAUCCCUAUUUUCUGAAGCAUGCAAUGUUUUUUCAGUGAUUUUCUAGCUUUUGCACAGCCACUGGUUAUUCUUCAUUCUAAAAUGAUGUGAAUAUAGUGGUACUUUUCAGGUUUAACUGUGUGAUAACAUGCAGUACUUUAGCCCCUGCUUACAAAUGUUAGAUUUCAACCCACCAUAAUAAAACUUUGACGUGAUAUUAAGUUUACAUAUGAAAUAAAGUCUCAAAACAAGGAUAUCCACUUAUGGCAUGCUUUGGAAAAUGGCCAGUACAAUAAAAUGCACUGUGCAGUCCUUUAAGUCUUCAGUGUCAUUUCCAGGGCAGGUAACUGAUUGGGUGAGGCUGGGGGUAUUGAUGGUGGCAUUAGGUCCUGUUGGGGUAUUGUUAGGUAGUUUGGGGUGUUGUCAGGUCAGGUUGUAUUAUUGUUCUCAGUGCUUCAGUCUCUUCUUCAAUCAGUGUGGUAGACAAAAAUUACAAUACAAGCAUUCUCUGCGUUUUGUGCUCUGGCCCACGUACACUACCGUGGUAUUGGUCGAUUGUAAAAUUCAGUACGUUAUUGAAGUUAAUGGAACUUGUGUGUGAUGCUGUCCAGGGUCUGGUUUGUCCUGUACUACUGAAAAUAAUAUUUAAAAAAUAUCAGUAAUUAUUAUUUAUUAAAAUAGAAUGCACUUUGUUGGAAACACCUUGUUCGACCAUUCUAAAGAGGGGCCAAAAUCAAAGUUUUAUGCCAUCAUGCUUUUCUUCAUACAAAGGCUAUGAUAUGUGGCAACACUGGCACCAUCAGUUGUGUGGUUUCCAGUAUGAUACAUUGCAUGGAUGUUAUAAUACUCCCCACCUCCCCCCCAAAAAAAACCACUGAUUAAAAUUUAACCCCCAUCAACCAAUGAACAAGCAAACAUUAAUUUUGUUGCGUGCUACCCCUUCAACAUGUUUCUUCUGAGUUGUUUCUUCCUGUUCUGAAGGUGUUUGACCUCUUCAGUGUAAAAAAAUGCUGUGUACAGAGAUGUGUGUCACUGUCUAUUACCUGAAUGUCUCUGGACUGCAGUCUGACCGUCACUUCAAUAAAAAAGAAAACAUGUUUUGGA